GGCCUUGCAUUUAGUAUCUCAUGAAAUUCUCGCAGCAGCCCCAUGAAGGAACUGGGUCAGCAAAGACCAUACAAAUACCAGACCUGAGAACUCUGCCCGGAUCUGUCCUCCUCCAAGGCCUGCAUGCUGAGUGCAGAGCCCCACUGGCAGUCCACCAUUGGCUGCCCACCUGCCACCUGCCCCAAGGCGUCCUUUGCCAGACUCCUCAUGUGUCCUGCCCUGAGACCUCUGGCCUCCACUGUCCUGUGGCCACAGUCCCAUCUGCAUGGGGAGGAGGGGGGGAAGCAGAGAGCCUGGGUAGGAGGGAAGACCAGUGGGAGCAUCUGGAGCUUUAGCUGAGGAGGCGGAUGGCCACAGCUGCCCCCUUGCCCUGAGGAGGCCUGUGCCUUGGCCGGAGGCCCCGGGCAUGCAGGGUGGUGUGGAGGGACCAUGAGCGCCUAGGAGAGGCUGGGGAGAGCCACAUGGAGAGGAGGAGGGACACACGCAAAGACAGAAAACCAGCACGUAAACCUGUAAACAACAGCACGAGAGCAGAGACGCCUUGCCUAUGGAGGCCACUGCUGGGUUAGGGAGAAGACACAGGAAGGAGGCAGAAUGAGGGCUGGAGUGAAUGAGGAGAAGAGCCAGGUCUGGCCUGUCCCUACGAAAUGUUGGGCGCAUGCAUGCUUCGCUCUGCGGUAGCCAAGGAGAUGUGGGGGAGGAGUCAGGCCAGCUCUGGGGGCAGCAGAAACCAGGGGAGCUGCUGUAGCCACCGACUUCUCCUCCUUGAAGGAUGAGUCAUUGGGAAGGGGGCUGGACCCAGUGGGAUAAAGCAGACAGUGUGGGGGUACAUCCGUGAGCAUCAGGUGUGAGGCUCUAGGUAGGACCAGACAAGGAGUACCCCUAAGUACAAGGAAAAGGCCCAUUCUCCAGACUUGGACCUAAGGCCCCUCAGGGGUUGAAACAGUGACUGUGGCCUAGCAGCCCCCAAUCCUUGACGCCUAUGCUGUUUCCUCCUCUUCCCUGGAGUCCCCUGGGGCCAGCUCUGUCUCAGCCAGACCCUGGCUGCUUACUCCCUGGCACAGCUGGGCUGCAAUGCACCCACUGGCCACAGGGUGGCGGCCAUACCCCAUGUCAAGCUCAAAGGCCGGGGUGGGCCUGCCCAGCUUCGCAGAGCUCCAUUUCAACCGACCUGUGGCUCGCUCAGCCCCAGCUUUUGGCUCCACACCAGUGUGGCUGUUGGACAAGUCUGGGGCCAGGAGCUUUCCCCACCCCAACACACGACGCUGCUCCCUAACCUGUGGUUCCCACAAACGCAGCCACUGCUCUCUAUUGCAGGUCAGAACCCCCCCACCCAGGGAACCCUAAAUUCAGGCAAGGCCAGGAUCUAGCACACGAGAAAGACAGACCAUGGCCCAGAUGGGAGCAAAGACUUGCUGGAGGCCACAGAAUGAGUUACGGCCACGCUCUCCUCCCUCCCUCCAAAGUUCUCUUUUCACAACUUCUGGUAGCCUCUCAUGUCCAUGGGGAGUUCCAGGGCCAAGAGCCUUUCGUCCCAAAGAGAUGCCAAGCAGAGAGCGGCCUAGGGGUUUGGAAGGACUGCGCUUCUGUCCACAGCAGCCUAGGUCUGCUCUCAGACCCCACCCCCACCGGCUCCAAGGGAAGGACCUGGAAUUCUAGCCACUUCACAGCAUUUGUGUUCUGGGCGGAACCUGCCCUGGUUCCGCUCGGAGGCUGAGUCCUAUCCCUGUACCCACUCCCCCAUUCCCGGCCUCAGGCCAUGCCCUAGGUAGGUGGCAGGCCACUCAGCCUGCCCUGAGAGGUCAGAGUGGGGGAUGAGGGGGAAAGCCGGGUCUUCACUUCCACCCUGCCCACCAGCUGCCCACUGGGUGAGCUUGGCCAAGCCGGUGGCCUCCUGGGUACCCAUUUCUCUUCCUGGGCCCAUCACUGCCUACCCAAGAGAAAAGAUGUUCUUUCCAGUUUGUACCUUCCCUGGUUACUGGUUGAGGGGGCCAGGGACAAUUAGCCAAGAUAGGCACUCCUUCCCAGCACCUCGCCAGCCCCAGGUUCUGGUGCCGCUGACCUCCCAGCUCUGCAGGGGCCUGGACACCCCCAGACAGCCGACUCCUGACACAAGCCACCUCACCUGGGUGAGGCCUGACCUGCAGCACUGGCCUGAGUCGUGGGGGAUGGACUCGCUGCCGAAGCAGGAUCUCCGGAGGCCCAAGAUCCACGGGGCAGCCCGGGGGUCCCACUACCAGCCGCCCACGCUGGCCCACCUCCAGCGCUUGCUGUGGGUCCGUCGGGCCGCCAUGCUGAGCCACGUCAAUGAGGUCUGGCCCAACCUCUUCCUAGGAGAUGCGUACACAGCCCGGGACAAGAGCAAGCUGACCCAGCUGGGCAUCACCCAUGUCAUAAAUGUUGCUGCGGGCAAGUUUCAGGUGGACACGGGUGCCAAGUUUUACCGUGGAAUGCCCUUGGAGUACUAUGGCAUUGAGGCUGAUGACAACCCCUUCUUCGACCUCAGUGUCUACUUUCUACCUGUUGCUCGAUACAUCCGAACUGCCCUGAGUGUUCCCCAAGGCCGUGUGCUGGUACACUGUGCUAUGGGGGUGAGCCGCUCUGCUACAGUUGUCCUGGCAUUCCUCAUGAUCUGCGAGAACAUGACCCUGGUGGAGGCCAUCCAGACAGUGCAGGCCCACCGUGAUAUCUGCCCCAACUCGGGCUUCCUCCGGCAGCUCCAGGUUCUGGACAACCGACUGGGGCGGGAGACGGGGCGGCUCUGACUUGGUGAGCAGCCAGGAGCCCUGACCCUCUGGCCGGCAUGGCCCAACCCAACCAGCCUGGCCCUGGGGACAGCUGUUGUUUCCAAUGACCUUGAGGUAUAAAUAGCAAGUGGGGGCUUAGCUGAGGCAGAAGCAGGGAGAAUUGAGUGGUGACCUUUGGCAGGUGGAUUUCCCUGACCCAAUCCAGAGAUUCUUUAUACAAAAGAGAGUUCAGUCUGUCUCUAUAAUAAAAGGUUCAUCAUAAUAAAGACAGGAGCUCUUCUGGUGGUUUGUGGGGUAGGGUCUUACUCCCAGGAUGGUCAUGAGGGUCCAGAAGUCUUACCAGCUCUGAGUCAGCAUGAUGGCAGCCUACAGAAGGAGUCUGUCUGUUUCCAUGAAGACAGAGGGCAGGUGAGGAUUAAUCAGCGGUAUCUGUCUCAGGUGCAAAAGGGAGGAGCGAGGGUACAGGUGCUGAGAAUUUGCUGGCCCUUUCCUCAUCUUGGCCUCCCUCAUACCUUCACCCAAGAGCCAGGCUGUCGGAAUCAAGCCUGAUGUUCAGUGCGUCAGCAUCCUCUCCUUGCCCACCCUAGCAAAACGCGAUCGUCAAAAACUGGCUGUGUAAGUAGCAGCUCUUGAAUCUUUUCAUCAAUGCUGUACUUUCAAAAGGACUGACUCAAACGAGAGGCAUCUGGAAAACACAAGCAUGAACCGAGACGAUAGGGUCUGGGGAGGAGACAGCCCAGAAAUCCCAGGCAAAGGAUGGUUAUAUGAUGGAGCAAAAGAUUUUGUUCUGAGUUUCUUCGUAUUUGUGCCCUAAUAAAACAAUGUAAAAAGCCCCCAGGCUCCUCAGGGUUCUGGCAGCUGCCUCUUCUCUCCUGCAGAGUUCCCACCCUGCUUGUGGGGGGGUGGUCCCCUAGCCCCCACAGCCUCAGUUCCCAUCUCCGGGCUGAUGAUUCCUGGACCCCUCGAGGCAGCCCAGGUGCCCCCGCCGAGCUUCAAACCUCUGUAUCCCACUGCCCACCUCUAUUUGAACAUUGCACUUGAAUUUCAAACUCAGCUGCACUUUGUAUCAGCCCCGCCCCACAGGCUGAAUUCUUCCUACUUCUUCCUUUGAGUGAAGAGUUCCGACAGCCAUUUUUUUUUUAAAGAUUUUAUUUAUUUAUUUGACAGAGAGAGCCAGCGAG